CGGAUCUUGAAGCAGACUCUUCAUCUCUACCUCGAGGAACUGAAUCUCUUCUCUUGUGCACAGCAUGGUUUUCGAAGGGCACGCUCAUGUACCUCGAACUUACUAGUUGCUAAGGAGAAAUGGGCGAAAUCGCUAGAUUCCGGCAAACGCUUGGACGUUGUGUUUGUGGAUUUCAGCAAAGCUUUCGACAGGGUCCCGCACGAACGACUUUUGCUUAAACUCCGAGGAAUCGGUAUUGCCGGGAAUCUUCUCUCCUGGAUCUCUGAUUUCCUUCGCGACCGCACGAUGCAGGUGCAAGUAAACGAUACAUUUUCCGCCCCUGUUCUCAUGACUAGUGGAGUCCCACAAGGUUCGGUCCUCGGCCCUGUGCUUUUCAACAUCUUCAUCAAUGACUUACCGUCAACACUCCAGGCGGAUUGCCUAAUCUACGCUGACGACUUGAAGCUGUGGAUGGAGGUAUCCAGUAUGGAAGAUGCUGACAGGUUGCAAUCGACACUCGACCUGCUACAUGAUUGGUCAAUUAAGUGGCAGUUGCCAAUGAAUCAUGAGAAGUGUUCAGUUCUCCCAGUUGGUGC